AUGGCUGCCCUCCUUCGCGAUGUUGGAGACGCCGUCACAGCUACCAGUGAGCCCAACUUCUCCUUCGAAGCACCUAUCAUGGACGAAUGUCACGGAAAAGAGAAUGAUGCUAAAGCUGCAAAUGAUGGCAUUGGUGCUCAAGCUCAAGCUGAAGGUACAACAUCUAGCAUUAACAAGGAUGAAGUCACCGGAUUGAAGCAACAAGUAGCAACCGAGGCUGCUGAAACUCGUGAGCAACAACGAAUGCUACUAAAACAAGACCCAACAACCUUCCAACCAGCAAAACUCACACCCGAGCUUGAAAGGGCUGUGACAAAGUUCAAGGCGAAUAAAUAUGACCUCCUUUUUUUCACAAUUGUUCAUGAUAAGCACUGGAUAAUUGUUUGCGCAAACUUGCUAUACAAGCAGUGGAAUGUAUUUGACUCAAUCCAUUCAAAAGGAAAACAAUCUCCUUUGAAGAAGCAAGCAAAUAACCUGAUCACAAACUUUGCAGCCCUCGCACAAGAGUACAGCCAAUUCAAUGUCGAUGUUGGAUCCUUCGCCCGUGUUGACCUAGAGGAUUACCCAAAGCAAGAUAACCUAUGUGAUUGUGGCUUUUUCGGGCUCAAAUAUGUGGAGAACUUUGAUGGGAAGUCAAUGAAAGAGUUCAAUCAGGAAGACGUGGCGCGAUACCGCAUGGAUGUGGUGCACAACCUUUGCACUCACCCAAUGAACAAUGCCCCAAUGGAGCGGGCAUUCAAUGAAGAGUUGGCGGCUUAAUUUGCGGGAGGGUUCAAGACGAUCAAGCUCGUUUUCUUUCGUUAGGUCUAGAAUCAUGUCUGAGGUGGCAGCGUUCUGAUAGUAUUAGAGUAGUGCGCG